AUGUCACCUUUGAGGAAUCAUGGAAGUUAUUUGAAAAAGAAGGGAAUUGACAUUAAGCGUACCUCUGACAGGACUUAUGAUAUAGAAAUCGACCUAUCUGAGCGUAUCUCAUACGAUCAGGACUGGAUUGAAGUUAUAACUUUUGUUCUACCGACUGAUCUUUUCCCAGUACACGAUUGCACUGAGAUGACUACGAUAGACACUAUGACUGACGGUAACGCUAUUUGGAAUGCAAUUACUCUUGACAGCCUUGACACGGAAGCCCUUAAUCAAUAUAUGAACACUAAAGACAGCAGUGCAAAUAUAACUAAUCCCGGAGGAUACAGCUUACUAUACCUGGUCGUCGCUAAUAAAAGUCUGGACGCAUUACGUACAUUAUUAAUGCAACCAGGUGUUGACAUCAACUGCUUAAAUGGACCAGAGCAGGAGACAGUAUUACAUGCAGCCUGUUCAAAGGGUUUAAAUGAUGCUGUCGAGUUGCUAAUAGAAAAGGGUGCUUUACUUGACAUUAAAAAUUCUUUGGGUCAGCCCCCUAUAUUCAAGGCAAUCUUUAGUCACUCAUUAAAGUCUGUCGAGCUUUUACUUGGUGCUGGUGCAGAUAUGUCCGUUACUGACGCUACAGGCAACACACUUCUCCAUUUAGCAGUGUCAAAUCACUUCGAAGAGGCCAUUCCUCUUUUGUUAUCGAAGGGCGCAAAGGUCAAUCAGCAGAAUGCACGUGGGUUCUCUCCGUUGGCUGUUUCUAUUAAUUUUGGAUUUACAGAUAUCGCUAUUGCACUCAUGGAUGGAGGUGCUGACAUCAACCAAAAAGUUAGGUUCACAACUAUGCUUCAUCAUGCCAUCACUUGGAAUCGUCUACCUAUCAUAAAGCAGCUACUAGAGCGCGGUUGUGAAGUGAAUGUUGUGGAUGCUCAAGAAGAUACAGCCGUGUAUAUAGCAGUUCAACAAAGAAAAACAGACAUCCUGAGGUACUUGUUGGAAGAAGGAAAAGCGAAUCCUUGCUAUAUGGCUAUUAAUCCAGUUAGCACAGCCAAUUUGCCUUUACUCUAUGCUGCCAAUCAUGGAUAUACAGAAAUAUGUGAACUGUUGACCACGCCAACGACCGCUACUCCCAUUAUAGGAAAAGCAGCUGAAUUGAGCAAGUGGGCAGGUUUUCCUGACACGGAAGCAUAUUUACUAGACGUUGUCUCACAGAGGGUUGCCGGCUCCAAAGCUAGACCCAAACCCACUCUCAAGUAA